AUGGAUUAAGGUGAGGUGUAAAAUUAUUUAAUGAAAUUUGAAAAAGAAAUUAAAGAUAAAGAAGUUUUAAAUUAAUCUGAAAAAUAAAAUUAAUUAAAUUCAAACUAUCCUAAAGAAUAAGAAAGAAGAAUAUUUGAAUAAUGUUCUAAAUGCAAAAUAAAUUUAAAUUAGAAACUAUUUUAAAUAAAAAAAUGUAAUCAUAAAAUAUGCAAUAAUUGUUUACAAGGAAUAGAUAUAAAUUUUAAUUUAUCUUAUAAUUGUUUAAUAAGAGAUUGUAAUUAAAAAUUUACCAAAUAGGAAUAUAAAAAUUAUAUCUAGUAUUUAUAGGAUCUCUCAAAAUUAGAAGUAAUUUAAACAAAUGUUAAUAUUUCUCAACAAAACCAAAACCAUUAAUAAUUUGAAUGUGAUAAUUGUUUUAAAAUACAAAAGGAAGAUAUAAAAUAUGUUCUUAAUUGUGGUCAUAUUAUAUGUUUAACAUGCGCUAUUAAAAACUCGCUUUUAAGGAGAUGUUGUAUUUAAGCAUCUUAAGUUGAAGAAUAUCAAAAUUUUCGCAAAACUAUUUAAUUAAAAUGUGAAGGUUGCAAAAAUUCAUUUCUCUUACCAAAUUUAUUUGAAUUGAGAUGUGGGCAUAAAUUUUGUUUAAUUUGUUGCUAGAAAAUAUAUUCUGGAAAAAUUUAAAGAUGUUUGGUAGAAUCUUGUUAGAAUUCUGUAUACUUGAUCGAGAAUUUGAAUAAAUUUAUUAUUGAUUAAGUUAUAUAGGAAAGUAAAGAAAUUUAACUUAAAAAAGAGGAGAAUAUAAUAUAAAAUCUUAAUGAAGAGCCUACAAUAGAUAAAUAGAGAAAGCAAAUUGUUUAGAAAGAAGAAGCAAAGGUUAUUGAAUAAACUAAUCUUAACUAAAGAAAUUAAGACUAAGAUAAUAAAAAUGAGGAAGAAAAAUCUAUUUCUGCUUAAAAUUCUGUAAUCACUAUAAAGGAAAUCAAAUAAUUUGAAUAAGUAAAUUCAAAAAAGGAGGAAAUCCUUUUACAACCAAAAGAAUAAAAAUAAAUAAUUGUUUCAAAUAGAUCAAAAGUAUUGAAUCCUUUUGAUUCAUUUUUGAAUAUGGAAAAAUAAGCUCAUUCUUUUAAAGAAAUGGAUUCUGAAGAAGAAUUUUUUAUCAGUUAAUAAUUAUAAGAAAUCAUUUAAGCCUAAGAAAAGGAAUCUGAAUUUUAUAGAGGAAAUUGUACAAAAUGUAAUCAAGAAUUUUCUAUUUUCAACAGAAAAUAAUAGAUAAACUGUAAAUUACAUGAAAUUGGAGUUUGUUGUAUAUUAAUUAAAUUUAAUGAUUGUCCACAAUGUGAAGAAGGAUUACAAAAAUAAACAAAAAAAACUCUUAUUAUAAAAAAAACUCCAUUAGAAGAAGAAUAUUUUUUUGAAUCUACUAUAAAGUCUUCUUAUUAUAAUGAUAAGCCUCAGUCAUACUAAUAAACUUAUCAAGGAUAAAAUAAAAUUUUUUUAAAUAUGGAGAAACACAUUCCUAAUUAAGGUUAAGAAAUUAGAAGAAACACUACAAUUGACUCGGCUUAUAAAAGAGUUUUAGAAAAUAGAUAAUUAGUAGAUGAUAGAACUCUAAUAAGAAAUGAAAUUCGAAAUCAUAAUGAAUUGACUUUAUAAAGAUCUCCUCCUCCUUUUUAAUUAUCCCAUAACACCAAUCAUUAUAAUUAUGGCAAAUUUAAUCUAGGAAAAAUAUAUGGAUAGCCUUAUAGAGAAGGACCUUUAAAUAUUCGAUUUAAUUCAAGAUAUCCAGUUAGAUGAUUAAUCAUUAAAAGUUUUACAAUUUUGG